CAAGGUUCCGCCCUCUACAGACAGGUGUUGGAAUGAGCACAUUGAGGCACAGCAGGGAUAAAAAGAAACCACAGCCUACAGUGACCAGGACAACCCACACAUCCAGUUUCCAGGGCGGGCAGAUCCAUUCAGAAGAUCGCCUGGACUCUGUGCCGCAAUCGCACGGAAAGCAGUGCAGGAAACAAUCUGACACUGCCCUGGCUCGAGACCUGAGCCAAAUGAGUGUGAGUGGACAAGAUGUUGCACCUCUGAGGAAAGAAAAGAUGUCCAAAGAUAAUGGCCACUCUGUGCAAUUAGGUCAGCUCUCAGAGUCCAGAUCUGAGUUUAAGAGUACACCAUCUUCUCGGAGAGGUCUCGCCUCCGUGGCUCGACUGGUGAAGCUUGGCCGCUGUAAGAAUGUGGUGGUGGUGACCGGAGCAGGAAUCAGCACAGCCAGCGGCAUCCCAGACUUUAGAACUCCAGGAACAGGACUGUAUGCCAACUUGGAGAAGUACAACCUUCCUUACCCAGAAGCUGUUUUCAGCAUCGACUACUUCUCCGAUGACCCACAGCCUUUCUUCUCACUGGCCAAGGAGUUGUAUCCCGGCAGCCACCGGCCAAACUACAUACACUACUUCAUCCACAUGCUUCAUCUCAAAGGCCUGCUGCUCCGACUCUACACCCAGAACAUCGAUGGACUGGAGAAAUUGUGCGGUAUCCCAGAUGACAAACUCGUGGAGGCUCAUGGAAGUUUCUCCACAGCUUCCUGUCACCUGUGCUACACCUCAUUCCCGGCUGAGGAGGCAAAGCAUGCUAUCAUGAACGGCAACAUCCCAAUCUGUACAUUCUGCUCUGCCACGGUCAAACCCAAUGUUGUGUUUUUUGGAGAGGACCUCCCUCAGAAGUAUUUUCUUCACACCAAAGAUUUUCCCAAAGCAGACCUACUGAUCAUUAUGGGAACAUCUUUGCAGAUUGAACCAUUUGCCAGUCUGGUUAAUACAGUGCGUUUCACUGUGCCGCGUCUCCUCCUGAACCGGCACGCAGUGGGUCCCUUUGAGAAAGUACGACUUCGCAGAGGAGACUACAUGGAAUUGGGUAACCUGGAAGAUACAGUUCGGAGGUUUGCUGGAAUGUUGGGUUGGAACGAAGACAUUACAGAGCUGAUGAGGAGUCACGAAAAAGGGAGCAUCGAGUCUUCGUUAAGCAGCACUUCCUCAGUUAGUGGGGAGCACAGCAGAGGUGCACAACUGGAGACAAAGUCCAGACCGGGAGGUCAAAGGGCAGCCAGCAGUAGCGAGGAGACAGACUCUGAGACGGACAGUAGGAGCUCUGCAUCCUCCAGUCGAAGCAACUGACACGUUUUGUAAAGACAGCAUCAAAAUAACCAGAGACUGUUUUUAUCUCAGCUGUCCUCGAUGUGCAGCUUUUUUUUUUUUUUCUUUCAUCAGCAGCAUGUGCC